UGCUUAUUCUUCUGGACUUGGAGUGUGUAGCAUUCAAAGGUGUGCAGCCAGUCUCCAUUCACAUGUCUCAGCUGGGAACAUAUUUCAUGCACAAGCUUACUCGGGAACCAUCUGGUGUCCCGGCACACUGCUCUUGCCGGGGACCACGCUAAGUCAUUUGGUGGUGACGGUGACCGGGUGACUGCAGCUCACCAGCAACAUUGAUAGUUGAGAACGAUGGACUUCAGGGAGCUGGGUAAUGCAGGUGGUGAAGGAGCAGGUCAUGAGAGCUCUUACAACCAAGCCUAGCUCACUGGACCAGUUCAAGAGCAAACUGCAGAACCUGAGCUACACUGAGAUCCUGAAGAUCCGCCAGUCUGAGAGGAUGAACCAAGAGGAUUUCCAGUCUCGCCCAAUUUUGGAACUAAAGGAGAAGAUUCAGCCAGAAAUCUUGGAACUGAUCAAACAGCAACGCUUAAAUCGCCUUGUGGAAGGAACCUGUUUUAGGAAACUCAACAGCCGGCGGAGGCAAGACAAGUUUUGGUAUUGCCGACUUUCACCAAACCACAAGGUCCUGCACUAUGGCGACUUGGAGGAAAGUCCUCAGGGAGAAGUGCCCCAUGAUUCCUUGCAGGACAAAUUGCCUGUGGCAGAUAUCAAAGCUGUGGUGACAGGAAAAGACUGUCCUCAUAUGAAAGAGAAAGGUGCCCUUAAACAAAAUAAGGAGGUGCUCGAACUUGCGUUCUCCAUCUUGUAUGACUCAAACUGCCAACUGAACUUCAUUGCUCCUGACAAGCACGAGUAUUGUAUCUGGACGGAUGGGCUCAACGCCUUGCUGGGCAAAGACAUGAUGAGUGACCUGACACGCAAUGACCUGGACACUCUGCUCAGCAUGGAGAUCAAGCUCCGCCUCCUGGACCUGGAGAACAUUCAGAUCCCAGACGCACCACCCCCCAUCCCCAAGGAGCCCAGCAACUACGACUUCGUCUAUGACUGUAACUGAAGGGGCUGGGCCUUAGAGUGCCCACGCCCCCACCGCCCCUCCCUAACUGGAAAAUCUAGCUAAAAGGAAAGAAGGAUGCAAACACACCCACGCCUUGGACUCCUCUCACAAGGAAGGAGAUCUGUGGGUUGGCACUUUCUCUGACCUGACCUCUGGCUUCCUGGCUUUUUUUUUUUUUUGCUGCCCCACCUCCCUGGCAUUCUUGCUCACUGUCCUGAUUCUGCUCCUGGACUUCAUUGCUGUAGGUCACUUCUCACUGCUGCAGCUGACUGGUGGGAUGGGAGGAAAACCCAUCCACUAAUAGAGAGCCAAAGGGCCCUUCCUUCUGAAUCCUGAAUCCUCCUUUCCUGGAGUAGGAAAGCCAGCAGCACCAGACUAUCCCCAGACUGGCCCGCCAGACCCACAGGCCUGAGUCUGAACAAAAUGGCCUCGCUACUCAAGAGGACCAAACACUUCCUUUCUAGAAUCAGUUCACAUACCACCAGUUUCAUCUGAAUGGAAAUCUGCUUUCAAGUCCUUCCUCCCUCCCUCCCUCCCUUCCUUUCCUAUCAGGUUCCUCUCUGAUCUCAAGAGCAGCAAUAGCCUCCUCCUGUUUAGCCUCAUCCUUGGUCCUCCCAGUCACAGCCCACAGGUCCCAUGCUCACUUGCAGCCUGUUUUGUGGUCACAACCCACCUUCAUUCCUCACCAAUCAGUCUGGGAGUUUCCUCUCCUUUUCCUGGACCAGCCUAGGCCUGCCUACUUUAUUUCCACACUCUCUGCCAGCCUCUUAGCUGAAAGCACAAAUGGUGAAAUCAGUCUUCAUGCUCCAGCUCUAAUAUACUAAACCUAAAUGCCUCUGUAUCGGGCCGUGGCUACCUGAGGACUUGGUGUUACCUUCUCCCGGGAGGUGGACGGGGGAUGGGGGGACAGGUUCUGCUGCAACACAGGUUCCACAGGAUGGUCAAACUGUCAGACAUCUUAGUUUACAUCAUUGUAAUUAUUACAGGUAUUGACAGUUUGCAGGCGUUCGGGGUUUUUUUGUUUGUUUGUUUUUUUGGCUUUGUUUUUGUACAAAAGAGUCUAACUUUUUUUUUUUUUUUUGCCAAACAGAUAUAUAUUUAAUGAAGAGAAGAGUUACAUAAAUGUGUUAAAGUUUUUUUUUAAUUAUUUUAAUCCUAAACAUCUUCCUAAAACACCUAAGAGAAUAACAUUCCCUUAAACUUGCUGUGGAAUAAAAUUGAUCGUGAUGAGCCUGGGA